AUCUUUUCUUCUACAUGCUGUUGCUUAAUUAUUGCUUGUGCUCAUGAAUUUUUUCUCACACUUUGACAAUUAAUUCACCCAUAUCUUAAUUUGGUGUCAACUUAUACUUGCACUGCACUCCACUCUUUGACUCACGUUUCUAUAAUCCUAAUAAAAUUGAUUUUCACUAAAAUUGAGUUGAAGGUGUCCCGUGAGUUUAACUCGGUUGGCUGAAACAUUGCAUUAUAUAUGCAUAGGACUGAGAUCAACAUGUGGUUUGUGCACAGAGAUUUGGUAUUUUCAUUGGCAAUAUUUAUGCUGUUGUCAGGAAUAUGUUGCUCAAGUUUUUUGGUCAAAACUGAAAAUAAGAUAAAAUUGGCAGUAUUUUUUACUCCUAAAUUUGAGCUAGAACCUGGAUCAGUUAUUGAGAAAGAUUAUUAUAAUAUUGAUUUUCCAAAAGGUCAUAUAGCAAUUAAGAGUUUCAAUGCCGAAGUAGUUGACGAAGCUGGAAAUUCUAUACCUCUCCAUGAAACUUAUCUCCAUCAUUGGGUUGUUAAUAGAUAUUAUCAAAGUAAACAUGCUACACAAACAAGACAUGAUGGCCAAAAUAUACCUGAAUAUUAUGGUAAUGUUAUGGUGAGAAAUAAUGGUAUAUGUCAGGAAAAUACAAUUGGACAAUACUUUGGUCUUGGAUCUGAAACACGAGGAACGAGAACAGAUAUUCCAGAUCCUUUUGGAAUAGAGAUAGGUAAUCCUGAAGAGGUUCCGGAAGGAUUUGAGGAGAUAUGGAUGAUUAAUAUUCAUGCCAUCGACACGCGCGGCGUGGAGGAUAAGUUAGGGUGCAGCGAGUGCAGGUGUGAUCUUUAUAAUGUUACAGUGGAUGAAUAUUGGAGAGAUAUUAGGCCAGAUUAUAAAGGAGGAUUGUUAUGUUGUUAUGACGAUACACAUUGCAAGUUGAAGGAAGGUUUUGAGGGACCAAAGAGAAGUCUCUACCUAAAAUACACAAUUAAAUGGGUUGAUUGGGAUGAUUUUAUAGUUCCGGUUAAGAUAUAUAUAAUUGAUGUUACUGAUACUUUGAAACUAUCUAAUGAUCCAAAAGGAUUGAAACAUGAUUGUCAGGUUGAGUAUCGAGUUGAAUCUUGUAGCACAAAUCAAAAGGAUGGAAAUGACUGUGUACAUGUGAAGAGGACAAGUCUCCCACUAGAAACUGGUGGCUAUGUGAUCUAUGGUGUUGCCCAUCAGCAUUCAGGAGGAAUUGGAUCCACCUUAUAUGGACAGGAUGGGAGAGUUAUAUGUUCUUCAAUACCAAGUUAUGGAAAGGGAAAUGAAGCAGGAAAUGAGGCAGGGUACAUCGUAGGAAUGUCCACUUGUUAUCCUCAACCAGGUUCUAUAAAGAUAAUUAAUGGUAAAAUUUUAACUCUAGAGUCUAACUACAACAACACCAAAGAACACACCGGAGUAAUGGGGCUUUUCUACUUAUUGGUUGCAGAAGAACUCCCGUACCAAUACUUUAGACAUUCUACUCGUUCUUCAUUUCUUAUGGAUGUAAAUAAUAUACUUUUAGAUAAUUAGUUACAUGUAUACAUGAUAAUACGAGUGGAGUGUCAUAGAGCUAUAGGAAUAAAGACAAUAUUAAAUUAAUAAAAGUGUCACCGAAUACAAAUACAGUACUCUGUAUUAAGCUAGCUAUAGGAGAAAAUUAAGUGAUGUGGGCAUAUUCUCAAAGUCUCAAUCAAUAUUUUGAUGCGUGUUUUAGUGUAACUGAAUUUCUUGGCUUAGUAUACUCUAUUGUAUCAUUGUAAUUGUUGUAAAUUGUAAUGUAAAAGGGACUUUCAUUUA